GUUCCGUGACGCGGUUUCCGGUCUCUCUGGUCCUUUUCCUCCGCUAAAAGGUAACGUGGUCGCUUUGGCUGCUAACAGCCGGUUCAUCAUGUCGUCCCAUUUGCAGUGGAUGGUCAUCAGGAACUGCUCCAGCUUCCUCAUCAAGAGGAACGGACAGACUUACAGCACUGAGCCCAACAACCUGAAGUCCAGGAACUCUUUCCGCUUCAACGGCUUGGUGCACAAGAAGACCGUCGGUGUGCAGCCUGCAGCUGAUGGCAAGGGUAUCGUGGUGGUGCUGAAGAGACGUGCAGGCCAGCACAAGCCUGUCAAGUCCUACGUUAAAGUCACCAUCAACAAGAACUCCCGUGCCACCCUCAACAGCCUGAGGCACAUCAUUCGCAAGAACAACUACAGGAAGGACCUGCGCAUGGCUGCCCUGCGUCGUGCCAGUGCUAUUCUGAAGAGCCAGAAGCCUGUUGUGGUGAAAAAGAAGUGCACCAGGGCUGUCAAGACAGCAUAAACUAAUCCCCAUGAAAAAUAAAUAAAGGCUUUUUGUUUGAAGAAAC